AUGGUCAACUUGCGCUCCCAAAAACGACUCGCCUCCUCCGUCGCUGGCGUCGGCAAGCGCAAGAUCUGGCUUGAUCCCGCCGAGCAAGCUGAAAUCGGAAACGCUAACUCGCGCACGCAUGUUAAGAAACUCAUCAAGGACGGGCGCAUCAUCAUCAAGCCGACAACCGUGCACUCGCGCGCGCGGACACAGGAGUUGCUGGCUGCGAAGAGAAAGGGGAGACAUACCGGCCCUGGUAAGAGAAAGGGUACCUCAGAAGCGAGGAUGCCGACGAAGGUGCAGUGGAUGAGGAGACAGCGAGUUCUGAGACGGUUGUUGAGGAAGUACAGAGAGGCCGGGAAGAUUGAUAAGCACCUCUACCACUCGCUGUACCAAAAGUCCAAGGGUAACGUCUUCAAGAACAAACGUGUCCUCAUGGAGUACAUCCACAAAGCCAAAGCCGAGAAGAACCGCACCAAGGUCCUCUCAGACCAGAUGGAGGCCCGCCGUAUCAAGAACAAGGCUGCUCGUGAGCGCCGCGCCGCCCGCGUGGCCGAGAAGCGACAGGGAUUCAUUCCAGCUGAGACCGAGACCGCUGAGGCUUAA